GUUGUUGUUGUUGCAUUGAUUACCAAAUCAUCACUCCAAGAUGGCGAACGGCCUGAGUCCAAACAAGUGGGAAGAGCUUCGGAAAGAAGCAAGACAACUUGAAAAUGAGUUAGAAAUGAAACUGGUAUCAUUCAGUAAACUUGGUACAGGCCAGUUACGCGAUUUUUCCAGAGAAGGAACUGACAGAGAGCCUCUUCUUGGCUCGAACGGAGACCAUAUGUUUGAAACAAUGUCCAUGGAGAUUGAGAGACUGUUGUCAAAGUUGACAAAAAUAUCUGAUGAAAUGGGAGAUUAUUUUUCACAAAGAGGAUUUGCAGAACCCAGUGCAGCCCAGCUACACACAAUGCAAAGGCAUAGAGAUAUUUUACAAGAUUACUUACAUGAAUUCACAAAAACAAAGGCAAGUAUAAAAGCGAACAGAGACAGGGAAGACCUCCUUGGGUCUGUAAAAAGAGACAUGAAUGCAUACAAAAAUGGCCUAAAUAGAAGAACAGAUUUAUAUUUGAAGGAGCACGAACAUUUACGGAACUCUGACAGACUUGCAGAUGAAGCAAUUGGGAUUGCGAUGGCUACGAAGGAGAAUAUCAGUUCCCAAAGGAAUGUACUACACAAUAUUUCGAAGGGUCUUGGAAAUGUCUCUAAUCGUUUUCCAGCCAUCAACAAUCUAAUUCAGAAAGUAAAUAUUCGAAAAAGACGAGAUACCAUUAUUGUUGGAACUGUCAUUUCAAUAUGUACAAUUGUGCUCUUGGUUUAUGCUUUUAGAUAAAUUAUUGUAAUUUAUGCACGCAUUUAGUUAUGAGUGCACAAGUGUUAUUAAGCAGCAAAGCACUGGCUGCUGUAUUCGCUAUUGUAUAGAUUUCUCAACAGUUGAAUUACAUUAAGAAAAUGAGUUAUUAUUUCAGUUUCCAAAAAAUAAAAAUCAUUCAUUUUGACCCUUUUAUUAGUGAUCUAUUAAGAAAACUUUUAGUCAACGUUAAACAUAAUUUACAAUUGUCAGUCUGAAUUACCAAUUUUGAAAAUAUUGCGGUCAUUUUUAGUUUCAUGUCGACGGCCCAAAGAUUGUGUAUUUGAAUGUUGUAUUCUGGUUGCUUGUCUGGCAAAUUGAUUAACGAAUAAAGAAAGAACGAAAGUAAUUAAGCGAGAAAAUGCAAGCAUGAAUCUUAGUGAGUGGGAAUGAGAGCGAAAAAUGAAAGAACACCAAAGACUCAUCGAUAAAAAAUCUCCUCAAUAUGAGGUUCUAUGUAUUUUUAAAUUCAUUGUGUCACGAGAUUGACUUUCGAGAGAUAUCUUCCCUAUUAGUUUCUCAGAGUAGAUUAUAUUUAUCAGAAAAUUGUUGCUAUUGGUUAUCUUCUGACAGGUGUCA